AUGUGCGAUGGACCGAGUGCCUCUGCUCCUACUCUUCCUAACCUUCUUGGACCGAGUGUCCCUACUACCACUCUUCUUAACUUUCCCAUGAUGUCAGUUAAGCAAAUCAUGGCUGCUCAAUCUGACAUUGAGACCGCGGUUACCAAAUUAUCUCACCGGUUGCAGAAUAGAACCAGUGAAGUACAACAGUUAAAUUCCCAACUUUCUCUGCUCCAGUGCAUGUACAAAGAUGUGCGAGCAGAGAUUUGUGCCCUGAAGGUGAAGAAUAAGGAGUUGAAACGAAAGACUACCGUCAUGACUCGAUUCGGAGCACCUUCGUACUUCACCUUUAACAACCAGCAGGGAGUCAACUCUCUCGGCGGUCUUGUACACACUGAGGCGGAGCCUUCAAAGGUCUCCCAAGGCGACAAAAAAAGGAAGAGCUCGGCGAGAGACUCAAUUAAUAGUACACAUGAUGUGUUUUAUGACAUAAACAAAUUUAAAAAACUUGAGGCAUUAACCCACGCAUCAGAAGAGGGGGAUACCUCUUCACGUCCUGAGGUGGCUAGCCAUCCGCCACCACCUCUCAAUGUGGAGCCUCAACUUGAGGUGAUUGCUGGUAAUACUAUUGCUGCUAAGCGUGCUCGUGGCCCGACUCGAGGCAAAGAGGUUCAAGGCCUUGUUGAUAAAGAUGGAAAGCUUAGCGUGCCUAUCCCUCCAGAAUUUCGUGCACCGGUAGGGGACUAUGCCUCAAAACUAGCCUCAAAGAUUGGUGUAGAAGUGCGAACUCGUUUACCAAAUCCAAGUGUUCGUAGGUGGAAGUAUGUUGAUGCCUCCGUUAAGGAGGCGAUGUUUCAAUGCUUGAAUGAUCAAUUUGAUUUACAAGGAGACCCUGUUGAUAUAGAGAAGGCAAUGAACACAAAAUUUGGUCGGAGAUUGAGUAACCAUACCUAUAGGCUGCACAAACAAUUCAUGGAGCUGAAGGAGGCUAAAGGGGAGGAGUACGCAAGAAACCACCCACCGAAGAAUGUCGAUCCUACCAAGUGGAUAGAUCUUAUUGAUAAAAAGUGGAACACUAAAGAAUUUCUGGAACAAUCAAAGGCCAACAUCGCGAACAGAGAAAGGAUGUAUACAAAACAUAGAUGUGGUUCUAGGUCAAUCCCUGUUAGAGUAGAAAAACUGGCACGAGAAAAGAAGAUGCUACCUGAUCUAGCAGAGUUGUACAAGGAAAUUCACUAUAAUGAGAAAACACAUGAGUGGAUCUCAUCUCAAGCUCAGUGUAAUUAUGUGAGUAUAUAUUGCAAUUUUUAUUAACAAAAUUUUAGAAUACUAUUUGUUAUGAUCUUAUUUAAUUUUCUAAUAAUUAUUUAAUUUUUUUAUAUUUGAUAGGAAAAUAUGAUACAGAC